GUUAAUUCCGUAGUUGAUAAAUACGACGUGGAAAUACAUUAUGUUUCAAAUCAUGAAAUUGAAACGGUGCAAGUUAUAUAUAUUUAUAGUUUAAGCAUUUUAUCAUACUCUUAUUCACGCAAGAAUUCUAGAUAUGACGUCUGUGUGCAUUGAAGAUAUUGAACAACUUUUGGUUUCAUUUGCGACGGAAGGCCAAUAUGACGCAAGGACCGGUGAAGAAAACAUGGAGAUUCAGAGGAAAUGCAAAGAGCUCUUUGAAAAAGAUUAUAGCUGUUGUAUAAUUGAGAAUGAAAAAGGAUUAUUAUCUGUAAAUUAUCCCUCAGAAAUCAUCAUUCCUUUUGAAAAGAAGGUUUUAUCCAAAGAGUCGGAAAUUUCCGAGAGCUCAGACAGCUAUAUAUCAACAUUCAGUGCUGCAAACUUUAAAGAAAUUGCCAACAAAUCGAAUUCAGCAAGAUGCAGAAAGAGAUUUCCAGUGCCAGUAAUAUUUUGUGAAGGAAAAUUUGUGUGUAGGUCAGCUACACUAGCAUGUGGUGGAGAAAUGUUGUUUCGGGACGUAUCUGGUUGCAUUUUUAAUGCAUAUACCAACUCUGACAUUGAGGAGAAAAAUAGCUCUCUGUAUACAAGUAAUGGAGCACUAUCAACGGAUAGACGAAGUCAGGAUAUCAAACUUUUGAAAGAAUUAUCAGUCAGUUAUAUCUGUGAUCUUAUGGUAGAAAAUAAAAAAGUGAAGUUUGGACUUAGGGUUACUUCAUCAGAAAAAGUUGACAAAGAGAACAGAUACUGUGAUUUUAAAAUAAUGCAGCUUCCAUAUCCAGGCUGCGAAUUUUUUAAGAAGUUUAAAGACAAUAAUUAUGUUGCUCAAGGUUUGAUGUUCGACUGGGAGCAGAGUUAUGUUGAUUCGCCAUUAAGAUUACCAUCUGAUUCAGUUGCAUCAUCAUUGGGUAUUCAAUGGUGUAAUUACAAAAUGUGGGAUCUAGUCAAAUUAACUCAAAACUACUUAAAAUUGCUUCUAACUUUCAUUGUUGAAGAUACUUCUAGUAUUUUAAUUCAUUGCAUAUCUGGAUGGGAUCGCACACCACUUUUCAUUUCAUUAUUGCGAAUAUCAUUAUGGGCUGAUGGUAGAGCUCAUGCAAGCUUGUCAGCUGUUGAAAUUGCAUAUUUGACUCUUGCAUAUGAUUGGUAUCUUUUUGGACAUGAUCUUCCAUCUAGAUUGAAAUCUGGGGAAGAAAUUUUGCUCUUUUGCUUUGAGUUCUUGUUGUAUCUUGCUUCAGAUGAGUUUUCUACCAAAAAGCGGUGUCGGAAGAUAAGCAACAAUUGUGCAGAUAAUACUUUGGAUAUUCUUGUUGAAGAAGAAUGUCCUGGGAAAUCUACGGAAAACAGCGAGAGUUGCUCAAGUGUACAUAAAUAUGAAAAUGGAAGAUCUAGUACUUUUUAUGCUAGUUUAGAUCCAUCUCAAGAUAAUCCUUCACCUACAUUAUUCUGUUCUAGUCUUGAUUCAGAAGAGUCCGACAGUUUAAAAAUGAAAACUGAAGUGCUAAAUGAUACAUCAUCUUCGGGUAGUGAUACCCCUCCAACUGUGAUAAGUAAUUUGGAAAAUUUGGCUAAUAAUAAUGGCAUUAAAUGUGCUGUCUCAUCAAGUAUUCCUGUUCCAGUUCCUAAUACUAGACAAAGAGUUGACAGUUUAUCAAGUUUAGGAAGUUGGCAGUUUGUUUCUGGUACAGGAAGUUUGCUUGGAUCAGUUACUUCAAGAAUUUCUUCAGAAGUCACAUCAAAUGGUUCUCACUCGAAUUGCAGUUUAUCAUCAGAAAGCAGUAAUGGAAAUAUAGCUUCAGCUGUUUGCUCAAAUACGCAAAGAGCGGAAAGACUGAAAUCUGUUCGAACUUUGGUUAUCCCCGCCUACAGAAAAGCCAUUGAAAGCAAGGAUGGUUUGAAUUCUGACAGAUACAGUUACUUCUCUUGGCGACUAUGACAAAGGGAGAGCGAUUCUUGAACAAAUGCGUCAUGUGAUGAAAGAUCAUUUCACACAAUUUCAUUUUUAUUUCAUUUUAACCUGCAAAGUAUGCUUUUGUUAGUUAUAACUUUAUUUUUAUACUUCAAAUGUUUUUUCUUUUCAGCAUUGUAUUUAUAACAAUGAACAAAUCAUCGACAAUCUAUAAUAUUUUAAAUUCCAACUUUUAAUAUGAAAAUAAAUCUUUGAAUUUGAGCUUGUUCAUGAAAAAUUAUUGUUUUAGGAAUCAUAUUUUUAAAAAAAAUCAUAAAAUUCAUGCUCAUUACUGGUUAGUAACAUAAUUUUGAGGAUAAUUUUCUUAUGUAUAAAAAUGUUAUUCUAGUAUACGAUUACAAAUUUUCACUGCCAUUUAUUAACCUGUAAAUUAUGUAUAAGAAUUUUUGUACAUGUGUGAAAUUUUG